AUGUUACUCACUUCAGUCUUGCAAUCUCUCGCUUUAGCGCUCUCUGUUUCGGCAUCUCCAGUCGCUCAUUUACAUCAUGCCCACAAGAGAGAUGUUGUUCACGUUACUGAAACCGUUAUGGUUACUGUUGGUGGUGCAAACACUAACUUUGAUCAAGCUCCAGCUGCUACUCAAACAACCAUUGAUUCCCAACCAACUGAAGGUACUCAAACAGCUUAUGCUUAUCAAGUUACAGUCUUGCAAGAUUCAGAUGAUAAUAAUACUGCAACUGCUUCAACUUCAACUCCUGUCAAAAAUUUUGAAACUCAAGCUGCUGCUGCUGCUGCAACUUCUUCUGAAGAAACAACCUCUUCUUCAACCUCUGCUGCUCCAGCUUCAACUUCUUCCUCCUCCUCUUCUAAUGAUGACACCUCUGGUGCAUUUUCUGCAGGUUCUAAAGGUCUCACCUAUUCUCCUUACAAUUCAGAUGGUACUUGUAAAGAUUUAGAGUCGGUUAAAUCCGAUUUGGAGAAAUUGGCUGAUUAUUCUUUAAUUAGGUUAUAUGGUGUUGAUUGUAAUCAAGUUGAAAAUGUUUUACAAGCAAAGAAAGAUGGUCAAAAAUUAUUCCUUGGUAUUUUCUUUGUUGAUCAAUUAGAAGAAGGUUUAGAACAAAUUGCUAAUGCUAUCAAUUCUUAUGGUUCUUGGGAUGACGUUCAUACUGUUUCAAUUGGUAAUGAAUUGGUUAAUGAUGGUUCUGCAACACCUUCUCAAAUUGGCUCUUAUGUCUCUCAAGGUAGAUCAAUUUUAAAAUCUCAUGGUUAUAAUGGUGCUGUUGUAUCUGUUGAUACUCAUGUUGCAAUUAUUAAUAAUCCUGAAUUAUGUCAAUAUUCAGACUAUAUUGCAUUCAAUGCUCAUGCUUAUUGGGAUGGUUCUAUUGUUGGUGCAGAUGCUGGUCCUUGGUUAUUAUUACAAAUGCAAAGAGUUUGGUCUGCUUGUGGUGGUAAGGAUGUCUUAUGUACCGAAUCUGGCUGGCCUCAUGCUGGUGAUAAUAACGGUGUUGCUGUUGCAUCAAAGGACGUUCAAGCUGCUGCAAUCAAAUCCAUUCAAACCACUUGUGGUGAUGAUACUAUUGUCUUUACUGCUUUUGAUGAUUUAUGGAAACAACCAGGUUCUAAAAACUGUGAACAAUAUUGGGGUAUUUACUAA